AUGCAGAAACAGAAUUCAGGCAAGUCAUUGAAAUGGCUUCCGGGAAACAAUCUUGCCAGGCUACUGUUGUGCCCUCUCUUCUUCAUCAGCUUCCUCACACUGAUCGUCCUGGGUUCAACAAUCUACUUCCCGCGGAACGUCUUCACUGCCCCAACCGAGAUCUCCCAGGAACAACCUCCUUUACCUCUUUCCUUCCACAGCCGAAUCUCCGACUUGCAAGCGCAAGUUGGCGUGUUGCUAGAGCAGGUUCACUCUGACACUGAGGAAGCGAAAGCCCUGGCCAAGUUUUCCGAUCAUGUCAUCCACAUAGCCGUGGCUUUGGACAAGCUCGCCACUCGCCUAUCAAAUCACGCAAGCAAUCUGCCAUCUAACGCCACCGAAAUGAGCAAUGUUGAUGAAGAUUCGAGCGAUCCAGAGGAAUCAGAAGAAGAUGCAUCGGAGGAAUUCAUCAGCAAUCGUGUCUUCAAGGCAGGGGAGCUCAAGAAUUACACUUUGCCUAAACCAAACAGGGUUGCGGGCAAGAAGACGUUUCUCGGUGUCGAAGCAAUUAAUCCAUCGAUAGGAAUGACCUGCGUGGCAAUGGCUUCUAGUUUAGACCGGUUCAUGAGUUACAAGUUGUUCGGGACGUGCCCAGAUGAUUGGAUCUUGGCUCAGAAGCUCAUGAUCAGUGGCUGUGACCCAUUGCCCAGAAGGAGAUGCUUCUCAAGAACACCACCAAACUACACAAAGCCAAUGCCCUCAAGCAAAUCUCUGUGGACUCAGCCCGGGGAUGUCAACCUAUUGUGGAGCCACUACAAGUGCAAGGACUAUCAAUGCCUCUUCUCCAAUCAAACAGUGAACAAAAGGGGCUUCUUCAAGUGCUCAGACUGCUUCGACCUCUCGAAGCGAGGGUGGGAAGUGCCGGCCAAUGAGUCAGAAUCGGCUGAGUUCACCAUCGACCAGGUCCUCGCGCUGAAGCCCUCGGAGAUCCGGGUCGGGCUGGACUUUGGCCCGUCGACGGGGAGCUUCGCUGCCCUCAUGAGGGAGAGGAACGUGACAGUCGCCACAGCCACACUGAACCUCGGGGCGCCCUUCAACGAGGUGAUCGCACUAAGGGGUCUGCUCCCGCUCUACAUCUCCGUCGGCUCAAGGUUGCCCUUCUUCGACAACACGCUCGACAUCGUACACUCAAGCCUGUUCCUGGACGGGUGGGUCGGCACGGAGCUGCUUCAGUUCGUGCUGUUCGAUUGGGACCGUGUCCUGAGACCGGGGGGGUUGCUCUGGGUGGACCGCUUCUUCUGCAAGAAGGAAGAUGUGAAGAUGUAUGUGGAGGAGUUCGAGAGGCUGAGGUACAAGAAGCUGUUGUGGAGGGUUGUGCCCAAGAGUGACAAGUUGGAGGAUGAGUUCUUCUUCUCUGCAGUGCUUGAAAAGCCCAUUAGGACUUGA